GGCGAUCACCCCGCGCAAUCAGGCGACGAGCUGCAGUUCACUGCGAUUCAGGAAGCUGUUGAAAGAAGUGGAUCUCAAAGGGAAGCAGUACAGGUGUGGCGCGGGUACCAUGCCUUUGCUGGGGAAGAUGAUCGGCAGGAGGACGAUGAGGAACAGCUGCCGCAGCACGUGGAGUGCCUGACCUUUGUGGUUCAUGGCAUUGGGCAGUACCAUCGUGCACAACAAGGUGCAAAUUCUCAGUUCUUCAAGGAAGUGGCACGGGUGCGCAAGCUUGCAGCGAAGUACCAGGUCGAAAGAGCUAAAGAACAGGCUCGCCAGGGGCGCAUCGAAUUCCUUCCGUUGGAGUGGUAUGGUCCCAUACAUGUCGAGGUUGGAAUAGGCAACAGGCUGAAGAAUGUCACUCUAAAGUCGGUGAGCCAUCUUCGCGACUUUGCCAACUUCGCCUUGGCGGAUGUGAUGGUGUAUUUGGAUGAGCAGUGGCGCGAGCGCAUCCAUGACGAGCUGCUGAAGAAGAUGGGUCAGCUCUGGAAGCUGUUUUCUGCCCGGACUCCAAACUAUUCCGGAGAGGUCGCUGUCAUUGGUCACUCUCUGGGCUCGGUCAUCAUGUUUGACCUUAUCCAGAAG